CAAAAUUGAUAAAAAGAAAAGAAAGAGGUUACUCCUGAAUAUGUUGUAGUAAUAAGCAUAUGGAGGAGUUUCGGACAAACAUGGCUGGCAGCAGAAACAUAAGUAAGAGGAACAAAAACGCUCGCUCCGUUUCCCAACUCGGAUCGCCUGUGACUCACCGUAGACUCGUUUGACUCGCCUCCGCACAACACGCUCCGUUUCCCUCACUCCACCAUCACUUUCUCUGACACGGCGGAGAUGACGUCAUCAGAGGAGAAGCAACUCGAGGAGGAGCUUUCGUACCCGAUUCUGGUGGCGGAGCGAGUUCGCUCGGCGGUUGGGGAGGCCGACGCGUACAAGUUCGAGUGCAACGAAGUCUCCAAGCAAGUGGAUCGCCUCCUCCAAAUGCUCCGGACGCUGGUCCGUCUCGCUGCCUCGCCGUCGCUCUACGAGCGGCCCGUUCGGCGAGUAGCCGCCGAGACGUCGAAGAAUCUGGAGCGCGCUCUGACGCUCGUUCGGAAGUGCCGGCGCCGGAGCAUACUCCACCGUGUCGUGAGCAUCGUCAGCGCCACCGAGUUCCGGAAGGUGCUCGGCCACCUCGAAGCCUCCGUCGGUGACAUGCGGUGGCUUCUCAGCAUCCUGGACAACGACGGCGGUGGCGGCGGGAUUGUGGUGUCACUUCCUCCCAUUGCGAGCAACGACCCUAUUAUGUCUUGGGUAUGGUCUUUCAUUGCUUCUCUUCAAAUGGGUCAAUUGAAUGAUAGAAUUGAUGCUGCGAAUGAACUUGCUUCUCUUGCACAAGAUAAUGAUAGGAACAAGAAGAUCAUUGUUGAGGAAGGUGGGGUGGCUCCCUUGUUGAAGCUUUUCAAGGAAGCCACUUCCCCUGAGGCUCAGAUUGCGGCUGCUACUACUUUGUGCCGUUUAGGCAAUGAUUUGGAGAGGGUUAGAGUGAUUGUGAGUGAGGUUGGUGUGCCUCUUGUUGUGCAGGUGCUUGGUGAUUCUCCUAUCAGGGUUCAAACCCUGUCUGCCAAUUUGGUAGCUACCAUGGCCAAGCAUGACCCUGUUGCUCAGGAAGAUUUCGCGAGGGAGAACGCGAUUAGGCCCCUUGUCACGUUGUUGUCGUUUGAUACUGCCAUUGAUGAGCAAUCGGGUAAGCAGAGUAUUCAUUCUCUUGUUCAGAUUAAUAAGGAAAUGGGAAAGAAGUCAUCUGAUAGGUCUGUUAGUAAGCAGUUUACGAGCUCGUACUCGAGUUCUUCGUAUACCUACAGCCGGGGAGGGAACUAUAGGAAAGAUAGGGAGAAUGAGGAUCCUCAGGUGAAGCUUCAGCUCAGAAUUAGCUGUGCUGAGGCUUUGUGGAUGCUGGCGAGAGGAAGUGUGUCCAACAGUAGGAAGAUUACUGAGACCAAAGGGAUGCUUUGUUUGGCUAAGAUUAUUGAGAAGGAACAAGGAGAGCUUCAGUUUAAUUGCUUGAUGACGAUAAUGGAGAUAGCAGCUGCAGCUGAGUCCAAUGCUGACCUUCGGCGUGCUGCAUUUAAGACUAACUCCCCUGCUGCCAAAGCUGUUGUGGAACAGCUCUUGAGGAUAAUUAAGGAGGUGGACAGCCCUUCAUUGCAAAUUCCAGCAAUAAAGUCCAUUGGUUCAUUAGCUAGGACAUUUCCUGCUAGAGAGACUCGAAUGAUUGAACCUCUAGUAAUGAAGCUGAGUAAUAGAGACACAGAUGUAGCAGAUGAAGCAGCCGUUGCUCUUACCAAGUUUGCUUCUCCAGAUAAUUUCUUAUAUGUGGAGCAUUCCAAGACAAUAGUUGAAUACAAUGGUGUUCCUGCACUGAUGAGACUGCUAAGGAGUAACGAAGUUAACCAGUUACAUUUGGAUCAUGGGCUAACUCUCCUUUGCUUCUUGGCACUGCAUGCCGGCAACAGUGAGUCCUUAGAACAAGCAAGGGUGUUGACGGUUCUUGAGGGCGCAGAUAGAACAGCCGUUCCGCCGCAUCUAAGAGAAUUGGUGUCCAGGACAAUAUACCACCUCAAUUUGUACCAUACAGGAAUGAAUUCUCAAAGGAUAUCAUCAUAUUUGCCUUGAGCACAAAUUCAGCUAUUUUCUGGACCCUGUAUUUUUGUGGGUUGAUCAGUAUACUGUUGGUAGUUGCUUCUGGUCGACUCUUCUGGGAAUAAGGUGUUUAUCAUUGAAACAAAGCAUAUACUUGAGAAAAUAUAUUAGUUUUUCAGCUUAGGCAGUUUUUUCUUUAUUUCCCUCAUGAAACUAGUUACUAGUUAAUGGGGUGGUGGUUGUGCAGUAUUAAUUUAUAUUGGAUUAUUAGCUCUUCUUAGUCA